ACUUUCAUUAAAAUAAAAAUCUGGCACAUGGGCUUUAACUGUGAUCGUCUGGUAAAGAGUUUGGGGAGGCACUUCUGCCAGAAUGACCCCGAUCUAAACCAGCAGGAAAGAAAUGAGCAACCCAACGCGUAAGAGGUUGACACAAUCCGCUCAGCAGGUGCUUUAAGUCGCAGUUUACGUCCUGGGGUGGAGGCUGGAAAUCCCGAGCCUGCGGGGGGGCUGUGGAUGGAAGGCGGGCGACGUGGCCGGGCGACCGACAACAAGCCCUCAGGUGGAACCGCGUCAGCUGGCGUUCAAUCAGCAGCUGGCGGGGAUCCGGUGGAACGAGGCGGCUUUAAAAGCCCGACCUUGACCGUCCAGACGCCCGGCAACAGAUGCUGGCCCCGGCGAUAGCAGCAGGAGGAGCAGGAGGAGAAAGAGGAGCUAGCAGCAAACGCAAUGAAUGGAAACACCAGAAUUUCGAACUUGCGCUGCAAGUUUGCAGAGAAGAGUUGGAAUGACACAUUCCAACUUGUCCGAAGAUGCAUGGAGAAAUCCAGGGAUGAAUCCAAACCUUGUGAGCCGCUUGGAAGAAGUUUGGAGAGGCUCCAGGAAGUGCUUCUGGCACCCUCUAUGAGCAAAAUGAAAUGCCGACUGGAGAUGAUCGCCAAACAACAAGGGAUGGGUUUUCACUUUACUGACGCCACCUGCUACCUGACGGCUGACUUGUUUUACCUGGAGGUGUUGCUGCUGCCAUCUGGUGAGGUGCAGGAAGUGAAGGUGGCCCCACACGGAGAACACCCUGUUCCCAGCGAUUCCCUCUUGCAUCUACUCAGGUCUGAUAACUUUGCUGAUUUCUCCGUGAGGUUGGCAGAGCUGUUUGCCCGAUAUGAUAUCCCUGGAGACAACAGUGAAACCAAAUCCAAACUGUUAACGUCACUGAAAUCCCUUUGGAAAGACCUUCAGCAACUAUCAGAGAUGCAAAAUGAACCAAAGUGCUGUGAAACCCGGAUGGAUUUAAUAAACAGUGGCAGAGUUGGCUUUUUAAUGGCAGGAAAACAAGAUUACCCUCUGUCUCUUUACUUCUAUAUCUCUCCAAACGAUGGCCUGAAGAACUAUGAUUCAAACUCUGAUUUUCUAGCAUUUAAAGAACUGUCAGAGAUCAAACCAGCUGUCCAGGAGGCCCAAGUUACAGUGGGUGCCAGCGCGUUGACCCACAAGCUCCAGACGACGUCUGUAAUCCCACAGCCUCCUCGGCUGGAUAAUCAGGGUUGUCCUGCAUUUGUUGCCCUCGCUGAGGUGCCGACUGAGAUGCUGCCCGCAUGUUUCCUGCUCAGACUGAAGCCACCGAUACCUGUGCUCUCCUCGUUUGUUGAGAGACUCGGACACAUCACAGAUGUGAUGGUACCAGACUUUGGCCUCCAGUGGGCACCAUUACCCAAGCUUGUGAUGAAAGGGUCUGCAAGUGCAAGCAGCCAGUCCCAUUCAUUAGACAAACGGGAGAUCUUUACGGUGCUCCUGGCUGACGGCGGGGUCCACGCUUAUUUUCUCCCUGAAUCUGCCUGGAAUGUUCCCACCCAGAGGGCAGCUUUGAUGGACAGCGUUCCCUUCACCCAUCCGGCUCACGUCCCCGCCGUGCUGGAGCUGCUGCGUCACCAGUGUGCCGUUAACACCCUGCUGAGCAGCUGCUCGGAUCCGCACAGCACCAGCCCAGCUUCUGUUUGUGACCUGUACUUUGAAGUCCGUCCGGAGUCCUCAACCAGCCUUUCUGUGACCUUCCAUCAACCCUGUGCUGACUCGCUGGCUGUUUUGCUAGUCGACGUGUCCAAUCCCCGCUGCAUCACCUGCAAAUUGUUUGGAGCAGGGAUGCCCGAUCCAACACUGGACAAAUAUAUCUCCACGGUAAUGACGAGUUGUAUGUCCAUUCCUGCGACCAUGAAGGCUUUGUACAGCAGGCUCGAGGAAAUCACCGCCGCUCCGCUUUCCGCCAGCCACACCGCCGCCACAGAAGCUGAAAAUGACCACUUAAGUCCUGUGAUGGACGCCGAUGGCCAGUUGCCUGCAGCCUCCCAAAGCGAAGCCACGCCAGAGCACAGCCAUGUUCCUGGUUCAGCUUGCAGUGCCGUAUCUGUGGCUCCAUCUGAGCUUAGCCCCGAAAUAAACGCCAGCGUGCUCCACAGCCCCUACCCAGGCGAUCCUGUGGGCGUAAUGGCAAACUGUCAGAGCUGAUCCGAACACAAAAAAAAAAAAAAAAAGGUUUUAGCAGCUCUUUGCGUCACAGGUUAUUGGACUUUUAUUAAGAAACUGAGCACUGGGUAAUAAUUUGAGGUGCCGAUGGUUGAAUCUGUCUCACUGUGCAUUCCAGUUUGGCAGAGAUGGCUGCCUGUAAAGGUUUUUGAGGUCUGGGAUUUGACCUCAAAAGGACACGAGCCCAGUUGCUGCCAUGUGAGCCAAUAAGACACGGUUUAAGAGUUUAGAAUGGCUUGUACGAGCAAAUGGAUGUGACACUUUUAGCUUUUGGGGGGAAAAAAAAUAAAAUUGCAGAAUAAAGAAACUGGUUUGGUUUAAGCACUUUUGAGGAAAUAAAACUGGAAGAAAUCACUUGAAGACAAUCUUUCUUUCUAUGGACUCCUGCAAGGACAAAUGCAAAAAUAGGAUAAAUGUCACUAGUCUGUGCAUUAGAAGCAGGAAUAUUUAGAGUACUGCAUGCAAAGCAGUAUUUGCAAUCUGUGUUUUUAAAUUCUUUUUUUUUUUAUGUAUUCAGAAUAUUUGAUCCAACUGUCAGCAACAGACAACUGUCUUUACGCGGUGCCUUUACUUCUGCAUAUCCAAUGACCCGUAUGACUGCUAUUCAUAGGAGCUUCCCAACAUGUGGGGUUAGAAUCGCUCUCUUCUUUCAGAGGAACUGUGUCCUUGAAAUAUUUGAGAGAUUAUGUGUGCUUUAUUCUGAACGGCUGAGGGGGAAGA